AUGCGCUUGACAGACACUGUGUCGCUGUCACUACUCACAUUAGCACCUCUCAUAGGCUACGCUUCAGCAUGGGGAAACGAGUUCUCAGAUAUCAGCCUUGCUACGCGGUCCCCGUCCCUUUUCGAUGACCGCCCGCCCGGAUGUCCCGAAUGCCCAGCUUGCUUCAACUGCCAGCUGGAUAACUACAACUGCACCCAUUUUGCGGAAUGCAACAAUUACAAUGGAAAAUGCUCUUGUCCUCCUGGGUUUGGAGGUGAUGAUUGCUCGGUCCCUUUGUGUGGCUCGCUGGCCGACGACCUCAACCGACCGCAGCGUGAUUCCGAUACCUGCAAAUGCAAGGAUGGCUGGAAGGGCAUCAACUGCAACGUCUGCGAAACGAAUGACGCCUGCAAUGCCAUGAUGCCCGAAGGUGACGGAGGUGUGUGCCACAAGCAAGGUGUUACCAUCAAGGAGAACUUCCAAAUGUGUGAUGUGACCAACCGGGCAAUUCUCAAGCAGCUUGAUGGGCGCAAACCUCAAGUCACCUUCUCGUGCGAAGCCGAAGACGACACCUGUAGCUUCCAAUUCUGGGUGGACCAGAAGGAAUCUUUCUACUGCGGCUUGGACACUUGCGAACGAAGCUGGGAAACGGAUUAUGAAUCCAACUCGACACACUACAAGUGUGAACACUUGCAGUGUAGCUGCAUCCCCGGUCGUUUCCUGUGCGGUGAGAACGGGUCUAUUGAUCUGAGCGAUUUCCUUGAUCAGGCGAUCAAGGGCCCAGCUACCUUCGACACCAAAGCGACUCUGGAAGGCACAAAGAGCGUCUUCUCGGAACCUCAAAUGAAUGGUCUGAUUGCUGGAGUCUUUGGCGAUCCCAGCAUUUUCUUGUCAUGCGACUCAGGAGAGUGCGUGUACAAGACUGACGAGCCUGGCUACGAGCGCCCCGUUAAGAAAAUCAACACGCCACUCAUUGCCGGCGUGAUUGCGGGAAGCUCGCUGUUUGUGGUUGCAGUCAUUUUGCUUGUGUGGUAUCUGUCCCGUCGUUCGGCACGCCGUGGAUAUGUUCGGCUCUCUCUCUCCGACGACUCAGACGACGAGGCUGCCAAACUCUUGGCGGAUUAUCGUCCCGCGGCGUUGUUCUGGGAUAAUGUGUCUUAUACCCUGAACGGAAAAGAGAUUCUCUCCGGCAUCCAAGGUGCAUCAACCCCAGGUCAGAUCACAGCCAUUAUGGGCGCUUCCGGGGCUGGUAAAACUUCAUUCCUCGAUAUUCUAGCUCGCAAGAACAAGCGAGGCACAGUGAAUGGAGAGUUCUAUGUUAAUGGCGAGCAAAUCAGCGACAAUGACUUCAAGUCCAUGAUUGGCUUCGUGGAUCAAGAAGAUACAAUGCUUGCGACUCUGACCGUUCAUGAAACCAUCCUGACAAGCGCCCUUCUCAGACUACCUCGAGACAUGAGUCGUGCAGCCAAAGAGCAAAGGGUUUUGGAAGUCGAGAAGCAGCUGGGAAUUUAUCAUAUCAAAGAUCAGCUGGUUGGCUCGGAAGAAGGCAGCGGUCGUGGUAUCUCUGGAGGAGAAAAGCGCCGGGUAGGAAUUGCCUGCGAGCUGGUCACCAGUCCCAGUAUACUGUUCUUGGAUGAACCUACCAGUGGGUUGGACGCCUAUAAUGCGUUCAACGUGGUCGAAUGUCUGGUCACACUCGCCAAAACCUACAACAGGACUGUCAUCUUCACCAUCCACCAACCACGCUCGAACAUUGUCGCGCUCUUUGACCGGCUGAUUUUGCUUGCCGAGGGACGUACCGUCUACUCCGGUCCCUUCUCAUCUUGCCAACAGUAUUUCGACAACAUUGGCUACUCCUGCCCCCCAGGUUUCAACAUUGCGGAUUAUCUCGUCGAUCUUACAAUGCACGCUGGUGCGGCACAUACCUCUUUUGCGGAUGAAGUCGCAUCAUCUGUGGAUGGACGUUCUGGCCCAUUUAAGACUGCUUCAAGCAGUCUCAGAGCUGUUAAAUCAGUCGCCAGUGCAUCAAACUACAGCAUGGAAGACAAUUCAAGCGGCGCAGAGGCGACCCGGCGACCCAAGAGCAAACGACGGGUAUCUUUAAAGCAACAGCAAGACCGCCAACUGUAUUCGCGAAAGCAACAAAUCGAUCGCCCAGUAACACCGAAGACAGACGACGAGAGUGCUACCUUGGAUGUCGCUGAAAACCAGCAACAGUGGCUCCGGCUGUCUCGUCAAGGGGGCAACGUCCCUCCCCAAAUUCUUGAUGACCCUGACCAGCUUCCCCCUCCGGCACCCGGUACAAGUGACCUUGACAUCCUGAUUGCCAGCUAUGCGGACUCUGAUGUCUGCAACUCUGUGCACGAAGAGAUUGUGGCUGCUGUCCAUAGCGCCCAAGCAGCGAACGGUUCACCAAACGCUGCGUUGUUGUCUGAUACCACAGCGCAGUCCAAGGGCUUUGCGCGAGUGGGUCUGUUACGCCAAUUCAUCAUCUUGUCCCAGCGAACAUGGCGUAAUCUGUAUCGGAACCCGAUGCUCAUGCUCACCCAUUAUGCCAUCGCCAUCCUCCUUGCCGUUCUAUCUGGAUAUCUGUUCUAUGGUCUCACUGACGAUAUCAGUGGUUUCCAGAACCGCCUGGGACUCUUCUUCUUUGUGCUGGCUCUCUUCGGUUUCAGUACCCUGACCAGCCUUAAUGUGUUCUCCUCUGAGCGUCUGCUCUUCGUUCGCGAGCGCGCCAAUGGCUACUACCACCCAGUCACAUACUUUGCGUCAAAGGUGGUCUUCGAUAUUGUCCCUCUGAGAUUGAUUCCUCCAAUCAUCAUGGGUAUCAUCGUUUACCCCAUGACAGGCCUGAUCCCCGCGUGGCCCGAGUUCCUCCGCUUCUUGCUGGUUUUGGUUCUCUUCAAUCUGGCGGCUGCCGGCAUUUGCUUGUUCAUCGGGAUCAUCUUCCGCGAUGGUGGGGUUGCCAACCUCAUUGGUAGUCUAGUUAUGCUUUUCAGCUUGCUUUUCGCCGGUCUGUUGCUCAACCACGAUGCGAUCCCUAAGUCGGCAUUGUGGCUGCAAUCUCUGUCUAUCUUCCACUAUGGAUUUGAAGCAUUGAUUGUCAACGAAGUGACCUACCUUACCCUGAUUGAUCACAAGUAUGGUCUGGACAUCGAGGUGCCUGGUGCCUCGAUCUUGAGCGCUUUUGGUUUCAACACCCUGGCCUAUUGGAACGACGUGAUUGGACUUGCUGUAAUCUCUGCUGCGUUCAUUCUCAUUGCAUACAGUGCCAUGCACUUCCUACUCAUCGAGAAGCGAUGA